AUGGCAUUUUCGGGCAUCAACCCGACCGCGUCGUGGAUCGAAGACAACGAGCACCAGUUUGACGUGUGCCCUCCCAAGGACCUCCGCUACGUACCAUACGUGGGUAGUCCUGUUGAAGAACCUUCCCCGGCUCGUGUCCGUGAUAAUGUAAACCGACACAUCAUCGUGCUGAUUGCGAACUACCGCGACUCGAAGCGCUGCGGUGAAACGAUUCAAUCCAUCUACGGCAACGCGUCACGCCCUGACCUCAUUGCAGUCAGCAUCUUCGACCAAAUCGACUUGGACGCAAAGGAGCUCCCGUGCUUUGAUGUAUACUGCAAACUUGUGGGCGACGCAAACUGCCACCGAGAAACGCGCCUUCGUCGAAGCGACACAAUCAGUCACAAGGAUGCGAAAGGCCCGACCUACGGCCGCUAUCAAACGGAAAAAGGCAUCGAUCCUACAAUUGAUACGUUUGCCUUGGCGAUCGAUUCGCACUUGAUCUUCAUUCCUAACUGGGACACUGAUAUUGUGGCUCAAUGGGAUUCAAUCAAGAAUCCCAAGGGUAUCAUCACAGUGUACCCCGACCCAACCGAGAUGUACCCAAAACAAGGCCAAGUACCCAACCAAGUAAUAUUGAUGUGUCAUGCCCGCAUCGAGAAUGAAGGCGCCGACUCCAUGGUUCAAUACAGUGGCGCAAUUCGUAUCCCAACACCAUCGAAACCACUUCUGAUGUCUCAAUUUGCCGGUGGCUUCAACUUUGGGACCGUCGAGUCAGCGUUGGAAGUGCGCAACGAUCCGUACACUCCGUUCUUGUUCCAUGGCGAAGAGUAUUCUCGUGUGGCCCGGUUGUUUACGUUUGGGUAUGAUACUUACAUUCCCACGCACAUGGUCAGCUACCACUGGUACGAGAAACGCAAUGUUAUGUGGGACGAAGGAUGGAACUUCAAGGCCGUAAUCUCUCAAAGAUCGCAACGCCGUGUCCGCGCCGCCUUGGGCCUUCCCACGUCGUCGGACGACUACGACAAGACCGACUUGGCUCAAUAUUCCAUUGGUAACAAGCGCACCAUGGAACAGUUCAAGGCAUUUUCGGGAAUUGAUCCGUUGGCAAAGUGGAUCAAAGACAACGAACACCAGUUUGACGUGUGUCCCCCGAAGGAGGUCAAGUACGUGCCCUACGUGGGGAGCCCCGUGCAAGACGUCGCGUAGCCAUCCACAGGGUUCGGCGCUGUGUUCAAUAUAUGUGAAUUGCACUUGUGUAUCUAUUUGUUGGAGUGGUCUGGUCCUCGAAACACGUCAGCAGCGCUUCAGGUGUCCGCUUCCUUUUUGUCUUUCUUGGGCUUCUUGUCGUCUGUAGCCGGCGGCGCCGACGUACUUGCGUCUUUGGACGCGACCGUCGUGAACUUGACGAUG